AUGCUUCACGCCCGGGAGAACGACCCGAUUUACUGGUUCUGGAUUCGGGCAGUGUGCGUUGUGCUUUACCUAGCCGUCGCAGCGAGACGUCUUUGGAAGCUUCAUAGGAGCGGUGCCGUGCACGAUUUCCUCAGCUCUCGCGUCAAGGCGUUCGCGGCCAGUUGGAAAGCACGGGAGACGCCCUCCCUCUCUGCAGUCCAGCCGACUGAAGAAGCAUUUCCAGAAAGUCCCAGUUCCUCGGCGCAUACCUUCACGAUGGGCCUCCUUUCACCUGAAAGGCAGCUGGAGACGUUCCAGGCCGACAUUGCCUACUACACAUUGAUUCAGGCCAUUGGCCCCUACUGCUUACUGACCGUGGCGAUGUCUCUGGUACGCAACUUCCUCACCAGCGACGAUGUCAGCGACAUGAGCAUCCUUUACGGUGACAGCAAUGUUCUCACGGUCCUCGUGAUUGCCUCCGUUUGGCUCUUUGGCUACCGUCCCUCUAGACCAGCCAGGCUACUGAUUUGGCUGUUUUUAGCCGCCUGGUACACAUACUGCCUGGUCCACGACCUUUAUAUGUCGGAGUUGUUCCUGUACGAAGACAUCUGGCUCAACCACAUGAUCUUUGUGACCAUGAUCUCGAUGGCGCUCUGUCUCCCGGUGGGCAUAAUUUGGACCAUGACCGUUGCACAUACCUGCUUGUUCCUAGCGCUGGAGAGUGCGAACGGCUGGGAACAAGGACAGCCGUCGGCUGGAAUGCAGGUCUUCAUUGUGGCCGUCCUCGCGAUUUCGACAAAGCACAGCAGGUUUCUCCUGAACAUCACAAACCGGAAGGCGGAGGCCGAGUUCAAGUUGAAGAUCGCCGAGCUUGCGGCCAGUAAGAACGAGGCAACAGCAGCUGAGGCCUUGGAGGUGGCCCAGACUCAGGCCGAGCGCGCCGCUGCCGCCGAGGCGGAGACUCGCGCGGCCAAGGCAGAGAACGAGGCUCACGAAGCCACGGUUCAGGCGAAAUUGGCUGAUCAGGCGAAGUUGGCUGCAGAGUGCCGUGCCCAGCUGGUCGAGUCAAUGCGAGGGGCACUCCAGAAUCUCCUGGGCAUGCUGUGCGAUGCCGUCUUCGAGAUCGAUGGGGAUCUGCGACUGUUGGAACCAGGAAAGCUGGGUAUGGUCCUCUUCCAUUCUGACAAGAAUGACUUGCAGGGCAGAGCUUUUCAGGACCUUCUGGUGGAGGAAGAUGUGGUCCGCUUCAAGCAGUACAUGCGAAGCGAGGGAGUCAGCAAGCAUCCACUGCAGGUGACGUUUGUCGGCUCAUACUCCACCAAAAUCUCUGCCGUGAUCUACUUGACCGAGAUUGAGCACCACGAUUGCAGCUCAAAGACCUACCUCGUGGGCCUUACCGAGGUGCAAGAGCAGGAAGUCUGUGCUCGCAGGAGCGCCUGCCAUACCUACACGCUGGAAAUGCUUCAGAUGUCUACAGACUCGGUGAACAUCUUCUCCAUGAACAGACCUUCUCUACACGAUGUCAAGGACGAGGGAAACUCAGUGGAUGGUCAAGCCUCCAAUCGGCCAAGUGAUGCCUUCUCAACAGACAUCCCGCCGGAGAUCCUUCCCAUGGAGAAGGAGGAGCAACUGCAGUCACUGUUGGCCUUCCUUUGGACCUGGCCGGUGCCAGAGGGCCCUGGGUGCUGUGACACGCACAAGGUGUUGACCGUGGCACAAGAACUGAUCCACGAGCUCCUGGCAGUUUCUUGCCAGGCAGCUCCCACCUGCUUGGUUUGGCAAUGCCCCGGUUGUAAACUCCGGGGACUGCCAAGUGACCGGCGGUAUUUCGACCCGGCACAGGUCGUGUGUGGCCGCUGCAGCUGCUGGGACAUGCUCUUCUGA